AUGGCAUACAAAGGACCCUCGGGACUCUUCUACCACGUGCGCUCAAUCCACCCCGACUGGCGGCAGGCGGAGAAGCCGGCCGAAGACGAAUACGUGGCUAAGUUUGGUAGCAGCACGUGGGUCGCUCGUGAGGGCCAACCGUGGCCGCAGCAUGCCACGGUGACCCCCUCAUCAGCCUCCUCGACUCCCUCAACCGUACCGCCACCGACGGCGCCCUCCUCCUCGGUCGCCUCAACCGCUCUCCCCCAACCUAUGACGCCUCCCUCCACUGCCGUUGUCACUGAUCCGCAUCCUGCUGGCCCGGCCCAUCAGCCCUUAUCGACCACGCCCGACGCACCGCUCGACACACAAAACCCUUGA